AUGACCAGCUUUGAGAAGGCGAUGAAGGGUGCUUGCAAGCCCAAGCCCAACCCGCCCAAAGCCAAGUACCUCGACCCGAUUCUCGCUGCGACUUGGUCAGAGGAUGGAGCGGUCCACGAUGUCUGCAGGGCGCUGGCUCCCCGAUUCAAGGAGCCAAAUGUCCUAAUUGUCUUCAAGGCGCUCAUCGUAUUGCACUCGAUGAUUCGCAACGGUUCGACCGACAACGUUCUUUCCUAUCUAUCACAGUCGGACGUACUGAGGCUCAAGAAUGUCUCGACGGGGAAUUGGGAAGGCUACGCCGCCCCGCAAAACAUCCAACACUAUUCUACCUACUUGGAUACCCGUAUCCGUGCCUUCCGCGACCUCAAGCACGACGCAGUCCGCGUGCAGUCCGAGAACAACCGGGAUAUGCGCUUCAAGACGUUAGCCGGCAGGAAGCUACGUAUCAUGACGGUGGAGAAGGGCCUGCUACGUGAGACAAGGGUCGUACAGAAGAUGAUUGACGCGCUUGUCGAGUGUCGGUUCUACCUCGACGACCUGGACAAUGAGCUGAAUAUCACGGCGCUCCGCAUGCUAACGAAGGACCUGCUUAUUCUGUUUCAGGCAUGCAACGAAGGUGUGAUCAAUGUGUUAGAACACUACUUUGAGAUGUUCCGGAGUGAUGCAGAAGAAGCCCUCAACCUCUACCGACACUUCUGCAAGGAGACAGAGCGGGUGGUUGAGUAUUUGGGUGUUGCCAAAAAGCUUCAGAAUAUCCUGAACGUUCCUAUCCCGAAUCUCCGCCAUGCACCUGUCUCCCUCGCAGGUGCUCUCGAGGAGUACUUGAAGGAUCCGAAUUUCGAGCAGAACCGAAUCGAGUACAGGACAAAUAAGGAGGCCGCGGAGCGAGCAGAGAGGUUGGGAAUCAGUGCUCCUCCUCCUCAAGCUCAGACUGUAGAGAAAGCACCGGAGUCAGGUGUAACAACAGACAAACCAGCGGACCAGUCUAAGCCACCUACGAACCAGGCCCUCAUUGACUUUUUCUCAGCUAUAGAGGAGGAGCAACAGACCAUGUUCAACCCUCAGACAGGAAGCCCAUCCACCGCGUAUUUUCAACAGCAUGCGGUGCAUAAUCCAUUUGCCCAGCAAAUGCAUCAGAUGCAAAUGCCCAUGAUGACCGGCGCGCCGUUCGAUGCCUCCCAGCCAUUCGCCCAACCACAGAUGCAAGUCGCCCCUCAAGUGCAGUCGCAGCCGACGGGCUUCCUUGUCCCUCAGUACACAUCCACGAAUCCUUUUGGUAUGCUCCAGCAGCAACAACAUCAGCAAAUACAACAGCAGCCCGCUCCUUUCCUCCAACCACAGCACACUGCCUUCUUGCAGCCUCAAGCUACGGGUGCAAACCCGUUCCGCCAGAGCACGAUGCUCCCGCAGAUGACGGGCAUGUCGCCCUUCGGGAUGCCCACCGGCGCGCCCCAGCACCAGCCCGCAAGUACCAAUCCGUUCCCUGUGCAAAACAAUGGUCAGCCGCAGGGCUUCCCGGGCGAUUCGAACGCGCCGAACUUCAACGCGUUCAGCGUGAUGGCGGGCUCGUCCCAAAUCGCACAG